CGUGAGUGCAUCUCGAUCCACGUUGGCCAGGCUGGAGUGCAGAUGGGCAAUGCCUGCUGGGAGCUGUACUGUCUCGAGCACGGCAUCCAGCCCGAUGGCCAGAUGCCCUCUGACAAAACCAUCGGUGGAGGCGAUGAUUCCUUCAACACUUUCUUCUCGGAAACUGGCUCUGGCAAGCACGUUCCGAGGGCUGUCUUCGUUGAUCUCGAGCCUUCUGUAAUAGACGAGGUUCGUACCGGUGUUUACCGUCAGAUGUUCCACCCCGAGCAACUCAUCACUGGCAAAGAGGAUGCUGCUAACAACUACGCACGAGGCCACUACACCAUCGGCAAGGAAAUCGUCGAUAUUGUCCUUGAUCGUAUUCGUAAAACCGCCGACAACUGCACUGGUCUUCAAGGUUUCCUUAUCUUCCAUUCGUUCGGUGGCGGCACUGGUUCCGGUUUCACUUCCCUCUUAUCUACUCCUUCCAUCAGAACCAUCUACGGUAGAGAAUUCUUGGUGCCAAUGGUUAACGCGUGUCUUGCGCCGUGA